GGGAACUCUCUCUCGAUGGCACUGCCCCCGCUAUUUCCUUUGGGGAACAGGAAGUCCCUCCCCGAUACCGGAAGUGCAGUGGCCUUACUUCCUCAGACUCUCCCCAAGCGCGGAGUUGACUGGUUUCCGGCCCCCGGUGGGCGCGGACUUGGCUCAGAGCGCGCUCCACAGCAGCGUCCCCGGAGCGCGGUCCAGCCGGCCGCUGGCGCGGGUAUCCGGGAGUGCGGCCGCGCGAGGAGAGCGCCGAUCCAGGUGCCGGACAAGUGCAAGGCCAUGAACGGCACGGCGAACCCGCUGCUGGACCGCGAGGAGCACUGCCUGCGGCUGGGGGAGAGCUUCGAGAAACGGCCGCGGGCCUCUUUCCACACUAUUCGCUAUGACUUUAAGCCAGCGUCCAUAGAUACUUCCUGUGAAGGGGAGCUCCAGGUUGGCAAAGGAGAUGAAGUCACAAUUACGCUGCCACAUAUCCCUGGGUCCACACCACCGAUGACGGUGUUCAAAGGGAACAAACGGCCUUAUCAGAAGGACUGUGUGCUCAUUAUCAAUCAUGACACUGGAGAGUAUGUGCUGGAGAAGCUCAGCAGCAGCAUUCAGGUCAAGAAGACCAGAGCUGAGGGGAGCAGUAAAAUCCAAGCCCGAAUGGAACAGCAGCCCACUCGACCCCCACAGCCAUCACAGCCAUCACAGCCACCCCCUCCACCACCACCCAUGCCGUUCCGAGCACCGACGAAGCCUCCAGCUGGACCCAAAACUUCUCCCUUGAAGGAUAACCCCUCACCUGAGCCCCAGCUGGAUGACAUCAAAAGAGAGCUGAGGGCUGAGGUGGAAAUUAUCGAGCAGAUGAGCAGCAGCAGUGGGAGCAGCUCCUCUGACUCUGAGAGCUCCUCCGGAAGUGAUGACGACAGCUCCAGCAGUGGAGGCGAGGACAAUGGCCCAGCUUCUCCUGCACAGCCUUCACACCAGCCGCCCUACAACAGCAGGCCUGCAGUGGCCAAUGGAACCAGCCGGCCCCAGGGAAGCUCUCAGCUCAUGAACACACUCAGAAAUGACCUGCAGUUAAGUGAGUCUGGCAGUGACAGUGAUGACUAGCACCUGCCUUUUGAAAUCUGCUUUCUGGUACGCAAACAUUGCUGCAAGACCCAGUUACUUCUGCCGGGACGCUGUG